AUGGGCUUACUGGCGCUUGGCACACCGCUGGCAUGGCCAGAAGCAAAGAAAAGUGCUAAUCAAGUGAGGGAAUGGGGAAUCGAGCAAUUGCUCGCCAUAUGGAAGAAAGCGCGGGGAAAGGAGCGGGAUGCGUUGCUGUGGGGUGACGAGGUCGAGUACCUCGUUGUUGCAGUCGAUGAUAAAGACGAAAAAGUGCGCCUCUCUCUAUGCCAGGCUGAAAUCCUGAAAGCUCUUGCACAGGAUGUGGAGUUCUCGAAGCAAGCAGCCACCAACGGCAAUGGAUCGGAGGAAAAGGAACCUCUUCCAACGUUUCAUCCCGAAUUCGGUCGGUUCAUGCUCGAAGCCACGCCUGGGAAACCAUGGGGAAUCGGCUUCAAGGACCUCCUCAAAGUAGAGUCCAACAUGAGAUGGAGACGAGUUACAGCCAAAAACCACAUGGCAGCAAACGAAUAUCCCAUCACCCUCACGACAUUCCCCCGUCUAGGCUGUAGUGACGACUUUACCACGCCCACAUACCCGCUAUCAGGCCCUGCCCUGCGGUCACAGUUCGUCCCUGACGAGAUAGCAAACCCGCACAUCCGAUUCCCAACUCUAGCUGCGAACAUCCGCUCGCGCAGAGGGAGGAAGGUAGAGCUGAACGUGCCGGUAUUUAGGGAUACCAACACUCCAUGGCCGUUCAAGGACCCCACUGUCAACUAUGAUAUGCACAAUUGGCCAGAGGACGAUGAUGUACGGAACGGCGCUGCGAAAGAGGGUCAUGUAUACAUGGACGCCAUGGCUUUCGGCAUGGGAAGCUGUUGUCUACAGAUUACUUUCCAGAGCAAGAAUAUUACUGAAGGAAGGAAGUUAUAUGACCAGCUAAGCCCGCUGGGACCAAUAAUGCUGGCGUUGACCGGGUCAACCCCGAUAUAUAAGGGAUUUCUAGUCGACACGGAUGUCAGAUGGAAUCAGAUUGGCAAUGCAGUUGAUUGCAGGACACGAGAAGAGCUGGGAGAAGUGCCUCUGAAGAAUGAUCGAUGGCGCAUUCCAAAGUCGAGAUAUGCUUCAAACUCAACAUAUAUAUCCCAGGACCCUCACCUACGACCGGAAUACAUGGACCCUGAUCUUGUCAUCGAUGAGGAUAUCAAGAAAAAACUGAUGGAUGGCGGCAUGGAUGACCUACUGGCAACUCACUUCGCCCAUCUAUUCAUCCGUGACCCCAUCGUUAUCUUUAAUGAAGACCUCCAGGAACUCGAUCUCACCAAGACAGAUCACUUCGAGAAUCUCCAGUCCACAAACUGGCAACAUAUCCGUUUCAAGCCCCCGCCUGCAGAUAACGAUAUAGGCUGGCGUGUCGAGUUCCGCCCCAUGGAGAUCCAAAUCACUGACUUGGAAAACGCCGCAUUCAGCGUCUUCAUGGUCCUCAUCACCCGCGCUAUUCUCAGCUUUGAUCUAAACUUCUACAUCCCCAUUCCCAGAACAACAGAAAACAUGGAAACAGCACACGCACGGAACGCCGUGUUGGACGAAAAGUUCUAUUUCCGCAAGGAUCCUUUCCCCCAUCGCCUUCCUCGAUCUCAGCGCCAUCAGCAAUCCCGUCCUUCCUCUCCACCUAGCUCUAACCCGCCUUCUCCGCCACCUUCCACUACCCCUUCUUCCCCUCUCCUUCUCCCCAUUGAGUCCGAAUAUACCCUUAUGAGCAUCAAUGACAUCAUCAAUGGAUCUCCUAACGGGUUCCCCGGCCUCAUUCCUCUCGUGGAGUCAUAUCUCGACAGCUUAAAUGUCGAUGUCGAGACGCGUUGUGCGCUAGCGAAAUACCUCGACCUCAUUCGUCGUCGUGCAGAUGGCUCUCUGUGGACAAAUGCAAAAUGGAUUAGAGAGUUCGUCGCUAAUCACCCGGAUUAUAAACAUGAUAGCGUUGUGUCGGCGAAGAUUAACUAUGAUCUUGUCAAAGCUGUGGAAGAGAUUACAUGCAAGGAGGGGAAAGAUGGAAGUAUUGGUUGGGAAAUGUUUAGUGCGAAGAAGCCUUGA